UUCUUUUUACUAUUUUGUAGGCUGGCUUGGAGCCGGAAGUUGGGCAAUGUCGUUGUUCUCAGCUUCAAUUGUUAUCGCAUUGUGUCGUCGUAAAUCGACGAGACUUGUAGCGGUCAUAGGUGGAUUGGUGCUGGCACUUGGUGUUCUUUUCGCAUCGUUUGCCACUUUACUUCAUCAAGUGGCUUUAAGUUAUUGUAUUGUGGUUGGAUUUGGGGCAUCUUUAGUUCGGGAUUCAUCAGCUGUAAUGAUCGGCCAUUACUUUAAACGUCGAAGACAAUUUGUUGAAAUGAUUGUGAUGGCUGGUGAAGGGGUUGGUAUUGCUUUAUUCUCAGUGAUAUUAAAAGAAGGCGUGGGGAAAAUUGGUUGGCGUCUGGGACUUCAAUGUGUAACUGUGUUGGUCUCAUUGAGCUUCUUUAUGGGUCUGCUUUAUCGUCCCGCAUCCCUUUAUCACCCACAACGUCGAGCAAUUCUUCACUUGAAGAAUUCGAGAAAGAAGGUGAAAGAGAAAAAAUCUCACAUUCAGACACCAAAACCACCAUUUGUUGAUUUCUCUCCAUUGAGAUCAUCGACUGUUCGUAUGUUGUGCAUUCUCGCUGCCAUUGGAGCCUUUGGGGUCUACACACCAGUGUUCUUUUUGUCUUUUUACGGUUUCCAUGAUGGUUACGACAUGCAAGAUUUAGUUCUUCUCCAAACAUUCUUAGGUCUCUCACUCGCUGUUGGUAUUGUCGCGAGUGGUUCAUCAAUCAAUAAAACGUGCCAAAUAGCAAGUAGCCGAAAGAUUCGGAUAUCACGUCAAUAUGUGUGUCAAGGCUGUGUUGUUUUAGUUUCAAUUUCAAUUGUAAUCUUUUCGACGCUAUCAAAUGGUUACCAUACAUUAUGCAUUGUAACGUGGAUGUAUGGACUGGGUUUGGGUGGUUAUAGAUACUCAUUAAAAAUGCUCGCAUUGGAGCGAGUUCGGGGAAAAUUUUUCACUCGUGCAUGGGGUUUUAUCAAAGGAGCUGAAUCAAUUCCGGUACUAAUAUCAAUUCCGCUUACGGGAUUUCUUAACGACGCUUCAUUGACGACUGGAAAAGCUGGUUAUUAUAUUUGUUCGGCAUUAACAGCAAUAUCCGCUGUGCUGAUGUUUUUUAUCGGUUAUCCGAAAAACACUGCAAAAUACUCAGCUAAUGGAUCAAUAAUCUCACGAUUCAAUGGAACAUCGACUGACUGUGGCUCUUCUAUUCGUUGUAACAAUCAAUGGCCGCAAGCUUAUUAUCCCUCAACUGAGUGCGCUCAAACCACACCACACCAUCAUCAUCACUUCCCUCCACAAUAUAAUCAACAGUUUAGCGCUGUGAAUGGGAGCAACGCAAUCCAUUACAACUGUCGGGCAAGUGUUCCGCCACCACAUGGACGCUUACAGAAGAGUUUAUCGUUCGCUUUUCAAACACCCGCUAUGAUGAAUGAGUGGUACCAUCAGGGAUGUCAAAAUCAAUUGAAUUCAAUAAAUUACCCACACAGAAGUUACUCAAGAUGCGAUAUGUUCACUCCACAACAUAUUAACGCUCAAUCAACUCCAAAUCACGUCAAUGGAAUGAACUCGAGAAGCCGAAGUGUGCCUGAAGGUCUUGCACAUCCAAAUGGUGACAUCAACUGGAAUUAUAAUCGAACAAUUGGGCCCAACUUUUACCGAACACAACCGCGACAACCAAUUCAAGUGCUUGAACAGAUCACAACAUCUGUUUGACCGAAAAUGAAUUUGCAAAACUUUCUUAUUUGCAUUUGCGUUUAUGUUGUGGAAGGAAUUGCAGCAUUUGCUUCAUAAAUUGUCAACAGCAUGAUGUGAUUUUGUUUGUCGU